AUGGACAUUGUCACAAAAUUGGAUAACGGUCCAGCGGUAAUCACUCUGUUGCCGUCCAUUUUAUUUUUCACGUACUUUUGGCAUCUGUCGGACACUUACAUAAAGACGCUGAUGCUACCAAACAUUCAGCAAGACGCCCCCAAUUUUCCGAACAACGAAACGUGGCGAUAUUUGCUCCAGGUAAGCACACACAUAGUUGUCACCGCAAGUAUAUCGUAUAUAGGGUAAGCAAGUAUAUUAUAACUGUCGGUACGUAGUAGAGAUCAAAAUUUUCCGACAAAAUGCAUUAUUUAAGACAUAUUUGUUCAUAAAAACAAUUGAGAAUAAAUCUUACUUUACCGAACACUCGAAUCAAUUUCCCUAAAAAAAAAUGUAUCAAGUAAAGUUAAUAAGUUAUUAUUAUUAGUUUUUGUAUGCUAAAUUAAAAAAUAUUAAAUUUUUUUGCAGAAACCAUUGUUAGAGAAGUUCUGAAAAAAAAAGCUUCGAAUUUUUCAAAAGUCCAUUUUAUCAUUUUUUUUUUUUAUAAACGUGUUCUUUUUACUACUAAAGAUAAUGCUCAGGCAAUAGCGUAAUUUACACAAGAACAGAAAACGAGCAAUACUUACUAAAUUAAUUCACUUUCGGCAUGAAUAAAAUAGAAAUAUAAAAGUAAAAUAAAUAUAUAUUCUAUUAAUAACUGUCACCUAAACACAAAUAAUAAAUAAAUCUUGAAUUAUCUAGUAUUUACCGAGAUCACAUUUAUCCGUAUCACAGUUGUCCGGUAAUUUAAUAAUAUCAUUUUUGUCACGGAAGAAAUGAAGUAAAGUUACAUAGAGAUAAGUCUUUCCACAACUAUAGAAAAAAAUAAUUGUUUGACUAAUAAAGAUUUAUUAAUUACAUGUUAGCCAGUGCCUUAACUAGAGUGCCAAAACGAAUGGUUGCCAAGGACGCAGCAAAGUAAGGGGACGUAUUUAAGUUAAAUUAAAAUUGGUUUUUUCGUAUAAAAUUUAUUUUUCUCAUAAAUUAUUUAAAGUUUUAUUAAAAUCAAAUAUAAAAAAAUGUGUAAUGUACAAAACUGACAUACCCACUGGAUUGCGACCCGAUGAUGUUUAUUUAUUAGUGUUUACUACUUUUAGAUACAUUUAAAUUACCAUAACGAUAAUAUUUUAUUUUUGCGUGUAUGUAACAUAUAGCCGUACAGGCAUGAACAGCUAUAAUAAACAAUAAUAACUACCAUCAAUCAGACGAUUUUAAAAAAAAAUAUGCAUCUGAUUUAGCAAUGAAAUAUUCAAAUGAUUUAGAUGGAAUAGAGUUAAUAUUAAAAUAAUUAAUAGAGAUUUCCAACAAAGAGAAAGUUGAAAGCUUCAUAGAUAAUAGUAUUUAUUCUUUAUAGAUGGCUAUCCGUUAUUAUAAUAUUAUCUUUGUAAAAUCGUAAAAUUUUUACUAGAGUCUUAGAGUUAUAAUAAUGAGAGUAAAAACAAACAGGGCCGUGCCUAGGGGGUGCAAUAGAUGCUCACGCACCGGCCACUAUUACUACAGGGGUACCAUUGUGAAUUUUUGAAGUUCUGUAAUUGAAUAUUUUCAGGCCAAAAAAACAGGUUGAGCCUUUUUUUUUUGCUCAGUAAAUUUUUCUGGCACCGGGUGCCGAUUUUGCUAGGUAUAGCACUGAUAACUAGAGUGUAAACGAUUUUUUUUUCUGUUAAUCAAAUAAACAAAUUGAUACUUAACUUGUAAGUUUUAUCUAUAACCGAAUUCUCAUCUCUCAAAAACAGUGUUGCAAUUUUUUUUUUCAAUUUUCAAGUAUUUAUUGAAAGCUGCCCCCCUCUAACUCUAAAAUCCCAAAUACAUUACUGUAACUAAGCAAUCAUAAUUUUUCAGUAGCUAACUAUUAUUUUAAAAGCUUAAAAAGCGAUUUGACAACUGUAAGUACUUACGUAUGUUACUAUACAUAAUACGCGGAACAAAAUAUUAUGAGUACAGGGGACUUCCCGUGUCAAAUGUAUGAUAAUUUGAAUAUUUCGGUUCCUAUUUUAGAAAAAAAAUUUCGAGAGAAAAGGAUGUCCAGUCACCGAAUGUCUGGCAGGACGUAUUUAAAAUUACGUAUCUACCUACCUACUUUUGAAAAUUCGAAGUUUUUUAAAAAAACUUCUAUAAACUGGUGUUACCGCAAAUGUAUUAAAACAUGAUUAGAUUUAGCAUACAAAAACACGUAUUUCGAUGGAAAAAAAAGGUGUGCAGUAAACAAGAUUUAUACCAAAAACUGUUUUGAUUCACAAUGCGUAGUUUAGUUAGUGUGUAGUCAUUAAGUACCUAUCUAAUUUGUAUGUUUCUUGUUUGUAAAUCAGAAUUCGAUCUGCAGUAGACAUGCUGCAAUCAAAAUCAUCAUAAUAAUAUGGCAGUGUGGUUUAUGGUAGACAUUAAAUUUCUUCUAUAGAUGUGCUUAGGAAUAUCAUUGUUUUGAAAUUCAUAGUAUUUUUUUUUUUACGUUAGAAAAAAUAAGCUAUGAAAAUGCAAUUCGAAACACCAAUUCAUGUCAAAAUCUUGCUGUAUUUAGUUGGAUAAUAAUUAUUACUGUGGUAACUUUACACCGAGAACUACACUAAAAUAGUAUGUUCUAAACGUGAUGGGUACUUACCUAUAAUUUUCAAAAUAUUUGGUUUUAUUUUUUGUUAUUUGAUGAUUUAUGUGGAUAAAAUUAUUUUGACUUGAUUAAAUCUUUCAGAAAUUUGAUACAAGGCUCGCUAUCUACUGGUAAAAAAAAAAGUUGAGGGUAGGUAAUAUCACAUUUUUUUUUUAUAUAGUUCAAGUUUGAAAUUCAUUAAAAAAUUCAAUAAAAAUUAAAAAUUAGCAAAAGAUUGAUUCCAAUCCCUGUCACCCAAAAAAUUAACAUACCCAUCAUGAGCAGUGUCAAUUCUUUUUAAUAUCAAUUUUUUUACUCUAAUACUUUUCACAACUCUACUUUUUAUUAUUAACAUAAAUCCACAUAUACUCGUUUAAAGAAGUCACUUACUUUAAUAUUGGUAUGGAGUGGAGUACAAUGUUGGACACAAGGAUUUUUGCAAUACCUCAAUAUUUACACCAUCGUUAUCAUUACAAUGGUACGUAUAAAAUAAUAUACUUUUACUUAAUUAAUUUCUCCUCUAGUAAUAAAACACAACAUGUGCUCAUUAAUCAUUACACUCUAUUUAAUUUAUGAAAAUAAUAUUUUGAAUUGUGAUUUUUUUUGUAGAUCAAUGGUUAUUUGUCAUCAAACUAUACAAUGAAUCAAGCAUAUAUGCUGGCAUUUGAAUAUGUUUUUAAAAUGAUCAUAUGUUAUUCUGUUGUGGCUUGUGUACGCCAGUGUUACUUACAUAUCACUGAUUACUAUGAGACUCUUUGUAUACUGAGGAUAACAUCUCUACACCGGUACUUUUAUAACAAUAUUAUUUUAAUGUCUGAAAAUAGUGCAGCUAAAGUAUUGGUACAAGUUUUUGGCAAUUCAAUAUUCUUGAACAAUCUAUCCAACAAAUUAUAUACAUUAGGAACCACAAAGUUAAAAUUGUACAAGUAUUUAUCAAUAUGUUAAAAUCAUUAUCUUUAACAUGAUAUAGUUAAUUUGAAUAGGUAAUUUAAAAAGUACCAAAGACUAGAAUAUUAAUUUUAUAAAUGGUUUUUGUAUGCCAAAUACUAGAAUAUUUAUUGUUAUUACAUUGGUCAUAUGACAAUAAUGAAUUCAUAAUAUUGAUUUAUAUAAAUGAAAAUUUUAUUUCUAAAGUAACACAAUUAUUAGCUUUAUAAAAAUAAUAAAAUAUUUAUUUUAGUAUGAUUCAUUUAUUGAGUUAAAAUAAAAUAUACUGAUUUAAAUAUUCAACAAGAUAACUAUUAAAUUGUCAAAGACUGGUAACCUUAAGGAUAAAAAUAACAGAAUGCCCUAUGUAUACAGGCAUAAUAUUGCAAAUGACCAAAACAACAUUAAUGAUGAUGCCGAUGAAACUGCAGUAAUAGAUGAAUUAGGAGUAAAUGGUCAAAGGUUGAUGCAAGAUAUUGUAUUUCCUCCCGAUACUACACCUGUGGAGAAUACAAAUACAAAUCAAACAAAAUUGAAAUAUACCAAAAGUUGUCCAGUAAAUAUAAUAGCAAAACCUCCUAAAGUCACAUUAACGAAAACUAUAAAUGAUAGUCAUAAUUCUAUAUGA